UAGUCAUUACUUCAAAAGCACCUGAAGCAGUAAGAGAAAUAGCAAAGUCACAAUGCCGUCGUCUUUAGUAAAAUACGAAGUUUUCUUCAUCUUAAUUUCAUCGUAUUUACUCCGUGGUAAUUUAGCUAAGAUGAAUAAAUCCGGUGGACCUACUGAUGAGCCAGAUAAAUGUGAUGUAUGUGGUCUAUGCUCCAUGGAAAAGAAUUGUCGUAUAACAUGUGAUAAAGAUAAGUGUCAGGCAGAACUUGGUUUUGUUUGGGAAGAAGCUUGCUCAAACUUAAUGGUGUGUGAAAGCCUACAACCAAUGCUCAAAAACAAAUGCAAAAAAGCUUGCUCAAACUUACAGACGUGUGAAAGCCUAUCACUAAUGUGCAAAAACAAAUGCAAAGAAGCUUGCUCAAACUUACAGGCGUGUGAAAACCUACCACUAAUGUGCAAAAACAAAUGCAAAGAAGCUUGCUCAAACUUAAGGGUGUGUGAAAGCCUACAACCAAUGUGCAAACAAAAAUGCAAAAAAGAUUGCAACGCAUUAGAGAAUGUGUGUAAAAGUACAUGGUGGCAAACCUGUACACAUGAUACUCCUACGACAGGAGAUCCAGGUAAAACGGACGAAAUACAUCAUGAAAAGAUGACUAAAAUCGCUGAUGAUAAACGACAAGAUGGAAAAGAUGAUGAAAAUAACCAUACGGCCACCAUUGCAGCUACAGCAUCGGUUGUGUCUUUGUUUAUAAUUAUAUUGACUGGCAUUAUCGUAAUGAUUUUGUUUCUCAUGAAAAAGAAAUCGAAAAAGGGGACUAGGCCUCAAAUGGUGUCACAUGUGGACAACAAUAUGUAUGGGACUACAG